AUGACGACACGGAAGGAACAGUUGCUCAAACAAUUGGGUUACGAUCAUCUAACCAAUCUGCAGAUCCUGUCACAUGAUGAUGCUCUUUCUUUAUUUGCUCUACAUGCAUUAGGUGUAAAUAAAUUUGAUUCACAUUUGGCACUCAAACCACAUGGUGAAGCUAUUGCAAAAAAAUGUGAUGGCUUGCCUUUGGCUUUGAUAUCAAUUGGGAGAUCACUAAGAACAAAACACGACGAUGAUUCUUGGAGGAAAGUGGUAGAAAGUGAGAUAUGGAGGUCAAAAGAUGAUGUAAUUGUCCCGGCUCUUAGACUAAGUUACCAUGAUCUUUCUGCACGUUUAAAGCAGUUAUUUGCAUACAACUCCUUGUUCCCUAAGAACUUCGUGUUUGACAAAGAGGAAUUGGUUUUGUUAUGGAUGGCAGAAGGAUUUUUGCACCAUCCAACUCCAACCGAUUCAACAGCAGAAAACGUAGGUCAUGAAUACUUUGACGAGUUGUUAUCAAGGUCUUUUUUUCAACAUGCACCUAAUAACGAAUCACUUUUUGUGAUGCAUGACCUGAUGAAUGACUUGGCGACAUCUGUUGCUAGUGAGUUUUUUAUAAGGGUAGACAACGAGACAGAGAGGAGUAUUAGGAAGGAGAUGAUGGAGAAGUAUCGCCAUAUGUCUUUUGUUCGUGAGAAAUAUGUAGCUUACCAGAAGUUUGAGGCAUUCACAAGAGCCAAAAGUUUGAGGACAUUCUUGGCAACAUGUGUUGGGGAGGUAAAAAGUUGGUCAUUUUUUCACUUAUCGAAGAAGAUUCUCGUUGACUUGCUUCCUGAGUUACCAAUGUUAAGGGUUCUGUGUUUAAGUGGUUUUUGUAUAAGUGAGGUACCAGAGUCCAUUGGUGCAUUAAGACACUUGAGGUAUCUUAGUCUAUCUCAAACUGAAAUCACACAUCUACCAGAAAAUGUCUGCAAUCUCUACAAUUUAGAGACGCUGAUCUUGUUUGGUUGUAGGAGUUUAGCUAAGUUGCCGAACAACUUCUUAAAGCUAAAAAAAUUGCGGCAUCUUGACAUUAGGGACACACCGCUUUUGGGUCAAAUGCCGUUAGGGAUUGAGGAGCUGAAAAGCCUACAAACUCUCUCAAAAAUCGUUAUCGAAGGUAAAAGUGGAUUUGAAAUAGCCAAAGUUAAAGAAUUCAAGAAUCUAUGUGGGAAGUUUUCCAUUGUAGGUUUGGACAAAGUUGAAAAUGCAAUUCAUGCACGUGAGGCGAACUUUUCACAAAAGAGGCUUAGUGAAUUAGAGCUUGUAUGGAGUGAUGAGCCGUAUGGUUCAAGAAAUGAAGUGCUUGAAAAGGAGGUCCUAACUGAGCUCAAACCUAGUAAUGAUAAGCUAAUACAACUAAAAAUUAGGUCAUAUGGGGGAUUACAAUUCCCAAAUUGGAUUGGGGAUUCUUUGUUUCUUCAUUUGAAGCAUGUGUCAAUAAGCGGUUGUGAAAAAUGUACAUAUCUGCCGCCACUUGGGCAGCUACCGUUACUUAAGGAGUUGUUUAUUGAAGGCUUAUACAAGGUGGAAGUUGUGGGUUUAGAGUUACUUGGUACUGGUCGUGCAUUUCAUUCACUGGAAAUUAUAAGUUUAAGAAGUAUGCGCGGGUAG